GCACAGGCGGCCACGAUGAGGGUGGACGAGAAGUACUCGACGCUCCCGGCCGAGGACCGCAGCGUCCACAUCAUCAACAUCUGCGCCAUCGAGGACAUCGGCUACCUGCCGUCUGAGGGCACGCUGCUGAACUCCUUGUCUGUGGACCCCGACGCCGAAUGCAAGUACGGCCUGUACUUCAGGGACGGCAAGCGCAAGGUGGACUACAUCCUGGUGUACCACCACAAGCGGCCCUCGGGCAGCAGGACUCUGGCCAGGAGGGUCCAGCACCACGACACAGCCCCAGGGGCACGCAGCCUCAAGCAGGACCACCCCCUGCCCGGGAAGGUGGGGCCGGUGGAAGUGAGCUCGCCCGAGCCGCCCAUGGACUACCACGAGGACGACAAGCGGUUCCGCAGGGAGGAAUACGAGGGCAACCUGCUGGAGGCUGGCCUGGAGCUGGAGCACGACGAGGACACUAAAAUUCAUGGCGUUGGGUUUGUAAAAAUCCAUGCCCCCUGGAAUGUGCUGUGCAGAGAGGCUGAGUUUUUGAAACUGAAGAUGCCGACGAAGAAGAUGUAUCACAUUAACGAGACCCGUGGCCUCCUAAAAAAAAUCAACUCCGUGCUCCAGAAAAUCACAGACCCCAUCCAGCCCAGGGUGGCCGAGCACAGACCCCAGACCACGAAGAGACUCUCCUACCCCUUCUCCCGGGAGAAGCAGCACCUAUUUGACCUGUCUGAUAAGGAUUCCUUUUUCGACAGCAAAACCCGGAGCACAAUAGUCUAUGAGAUUCUGAAAAGAACGACGUGUACCAAAGCCAAGUACAGCAUGGGGCAAGGAGAGGGAAGAAAGAAGGACUCCGCCCUUCUAAGUAAAAGGCGGAAAUGUGGGAAAUACGGCAUCACAAGCCUGCUGGCCAAUGGCGUUUACUCAGCUGCAUACCCACUGCACGAUGGAGACUACGACGGUGAAAAUGUCGAGUUCAAUGACAGAAAACUCCUGCACGAAGAGUGGGCGAGAUACGGCGUCUUCUACAAGUACCAGCCCAUCGACCUGGUCAGGAAGUAUUUUGGGGAGAAGAUCGGCCUGUACUUCGCCUGGCUGGGCGUGUACACCCAGAUGCUCAUCCCUGCCUCCAUCGUCGGAAUCAUCGUCUUCCUGUACGGAUGCGCCACCAUGGAUGAAAACAUCCCCAGCAUGGAAAUGUGCGACCAGAGACACAACAUCACCAUGUGUCCCCUCUGCGACAAGACCUGCAGCUACUGGAAGAUGAGCUCGGCCUGCGCCACUGCCCGGGCCAGCCACCUCUUCGACAACCCUGCCACCGUCUUCUUCUCCAUCUUCAUGGCCCUCUGGGCCGCCACCUUCAUGGAGCACUGGAAGCGGAAACAGAUGCGGCUCAAUUACCGCUGGGACCUCACAGGCUUCGAGGAGGAGGAGGAGGCUGUCAAGGAUCAUCCCAGAGCCGAAUAUGAAGCCAGAGUCUUGGAGAAGUCCCUGAGGAAAGAAUCCAAAAACAAAGAGAAGCGCCGGCACACUGCGGAGGAGCCCACGAACAAAUGGAAACAGAGGGUUAAGACAGCCGUGGCGGGGGUGAAAUUGACCGACAAGGUCAAGCUGACCUGGAGAGACCGGUUUCCAGCCUACUUCACCAACUUGGUCUCCAUUGUCUUCAUGAUCGCGGUGACGUUCGCCAUCGUCCUGGGCGUCAUCAUCUACAGAAUCUCCACAGCUGCUGCCUUGGCCAUGAACUCCUCCCCCUCCGUGCGGUCCAACAUCCGGGUCACGGUCACGGCCACGGCGGUCAUCAUCAACCUGGUGGUCAUCAUCCUCCUGGAUGAGGUCUACGGCUGCAUAGCGAGGUGGCUCACCAAGAUCGAGGUCCCAAAGACCGAGAAGAGCUUCGAGGAGAGGCUGAUCUUCAAGGCUUUCCUGCUGAAGUUUGUGAAUUCCUACACCCCCAUCUUCUAUGUGGCUUUCUUCAAAGGCCGGUUCGUGGGGCGCCCAGGCGACUACGUGUACAUUUUCCGAUCCUUCCGAAUGGAAGAGUGUGCACCAGGGGGCUGCCUCAUGGAGCUCUGCAUCCAGCUGAGCAUCAUCAUGCUGGGCAAGCAGCUGAUCCAGAACAACCUGUUCGAGAUCGGCAUCCCGAAAAUGAAGAAGUUCAUCCGGUACCUGAAGCUGAAGAGGCAGAGCCCCUCGGACCGUGAGGAGCCCGUGAAGAAGAAGCAGCGGUACGAGGUCGACUACACCCUGGAGCCCUUCGCGGGCCUCGCCCCGGAGUACAUGGAGAUGAUCAUCCAGUUUGGCUUCGUCACCCUGUUCGUCGCGUCCUUCCCCCUGGCCCCGCUGUUUGCACUGCUGAACAACAUCAUUGAGAUCCGCCUGGACGCCAAAAAGUUCGUCACUGAACUCCGGAGGCCGGUGGCCGUCAGAGCCAAAGACAUCGGAAUCUGGUACAAUAUUCUCAGAGGCGUUGGGAAGCUUGCUGUCAUUAUCAAUGCCUUCGUGAUCUCCUUCACGUCCGACUUCAUCCCACGCCUGGUGUACCUCUACAUGUACAGCCAGAACGGGACCAUGCACGGCUUCGUCAACCACACCCUCUCCUCCUUCAACGUCAGCGACUUCCAGAAUGGCACAGCCCCCAACGACCCCCUGGACCUGGGCUACGAGGUGCAGAUCUGCAGGUACAAAGAUUACCGGGAGCCCCCGUGGUCGGAACACAAGUACGACAUCUCCAAGGACUUCUGGGCUGUCCUGGCAGCCCGGCUGGCCUUUGUCAUCGUCUUCCAGAACCUGGUCAUGUUUAUGAGUGACUUCGUGGACUGGGUCAUACCAGACAUCCCCAAGGACAUCAGCCAGCAGAUCCACAAGGAGAAGGUGCUCAUGGUGGAGCUGUUCAUGCGGGAGGAGCAGGGCAAGCAGCAGCUGCUGGACACGUGGAUGGAGAAGGGGCACAAGAAGGAGGAGCCGUGCAGCAACCACAAGCCCAGAGCCAUCCCAGACAGCCCCGGCGGCGGCCCGGCUCCCAGCCCCGGGUACCACGGGGGCGUCCUGUAGCUGCCACGGCGGGGCUGAGCAGGCGGCUUCUUGUCCCCACCGGCGCCCAGUGGCUGCUGUGUUUUCUGCAAACAUGGAGGACCAUUUUCUGAUGGGACAUUUUUCUUUCUUCUUUUUGUUUUGUUUUGUUUUGUUCUGCCUUGUUUUUGCACAAAAGCAUUA